AUGGCUAGCUUGCCAGUCUUGGGAAUCGUGGGACUCCUGCUUUAUCUUAUAUCGAAGGCCGUCUACCGAGUGUACUUUCACCCUCUGAAAAACAUUCCUGGGCCGAAAUUGGCCGCCAUCACCAGCUUUUACGAAUUUUAUUUCAAUGUGAUCAAGCGGGGAACGUUUAUAUGGCACUUGGAAAGAUUACAUGAGAUCUAUGGCCCUAUUGUUCGAGUCAGUCCGCGGGAGGUCCAUAUCAAGGACCCUGACUACUACGAUGACAUUUAUGCAUCCAGUGGCCGGAGACGCGAAAAAGACCCAGCUGCAGUUGGCCGAUUUGAUAUUCCCUACUCAUCCUUCUCCAGCAUAAGUCCAGAGACUCAUCGGCAGCGUCGAGCACCAGUGGAAAAGUUCUUUUCCAAGGCCGCGAUAACGAAAACCGAAGGCACGAUUCAAGUUUAUCUUGACAAACUUGUUCAGCACCUUGAGCAUGCCUAUCAAUCACACAAGGCGAUUACACUUGAUGCGGGCUUUUCGGCGAUGACAUCGGAUAUCAUCCAUCAAUACGUUUUUGGAUUCAACAGUGGCAAUCUUGACCAGGAAGACUUCAAUGAGAACCUUAGAGAUGGAAUUAGCGGACUCUUCCGAAUGGGGCAUAUCGCAUUUUUCUUUCCAAUUAUUCAAACAGCCUUGAACACAUUGCCACCGUCGGUAGUGAAGAUGAUCCAUCCAUACGCUUUGGCAUUGAAAGACCAGAAAGCUGAUAUUCGGAAGCGGACGGUUAAUAUCCUUGCUGGUCAGAAAAGCGAAUCUGGAUCGGUGGUUGAAAAGCUUUCUGGACCUGACGUGCCAGAGCAUUCCCGAGGCGCCGAUCGACUGACAGAUGAAGGCUUCGCGCUAGUCAUUGGAGGCACGGAAACAACCGCAAGGUCCCUUUCACUCGGAAUGUUCCAUCUUCUCAUCGAGCCGCAUCUACAAACUAAACUCCGUGACGAACUGCGAUCAAUAAUGCCCACACCCGAGUCCAAGCCUACGUGGAAUGAGCUGGAGCAGUUACCAUAUUUGAUGGGGGUUGUGUUAGAAACGCUACGUCUCUCGACGGGCAUUGCCAGUCGAUCUCCACGCGUUGCACCCACGGAAGCGUUGGUAUACAAGGACUACACAAUUCCACCUGGAACUCUGAUUAGCCAAACGAACUACUUUGUGCUCAUGGAUCCAAAUAUAUUCCCUGACCCUCACGUCUUCGACCCGGAAAGGUGGACCCGGGCUGCGGCCAAAGGUGAACGACUAGAUCGGUACCUGGUAAACUUCUCGAAAGGAAGUCGUAACUGUCUGGGAAUGAACCUCGCUUAUGCGGAACUGUAUCUUGCAAUGGCGACUCUGAUUCGACGAUUCGAUCUCGAGCUGUUCGAGACUACAAAGAAGAACAUCGAGUUUGCGCGUGACUUUGGAACUCCCUUCCCCGACGAAGGAAACUAUUGCAUCCGAGUACUGGUGAAAGGAAUUGUCGAAGAGUGA